AUGUCAGGCUUGCCAAUCUUCACGACAGGAAGGCGCUUGAUCACGACUAUACUGAUCUGUGCGCUUAUAGCUCUCCUCCUGGUUGUAAAGCAAGAAACCAUCCGGUCAAGCUCAACCUUCAACUACUACGCGACCCCACGUGAUGAACUGCUCGAGCAACAGGGCAAGUUUUGGCAGCAAUUCAUCGUGGACCUCGAAAUCCAUGGACCAUACGUGCCACCUCUCAAUCAUCCGGAGGACAAGCAUCUGGAGAUCAGCUUCGAUGCAUCCGACCAUCGAGGACGGCCAGAUUACCUGCAGAUGAUGGUCAAGCAAUGGGAAGCAUUAAGCAAGUCGCAUACAGCAUUUGUUGAAAAGCUUCGUAGUAGAGAAUAUCGAGUGCCAUACAACCCGGGCACCAGAGGCAUUGUCACAACUGCUGGUGGUGCUUACCUUCCUGUCGCUUUAGUCAGCAUACGUAUGCUCCGCGAGACGAACUCAGACCUUCCCGUGGAAGUCUUUCUCUCCACAUGGUCAGAGUGGGAUCCUGUCAUCUGCAGUAAAAUCUUGCCCUCGCUGAAUGCACGAUGUAUUGUGCUUCAAGAUGUGAUGGACUACGACAAGAAGACAAGCAAGCACGGUUUGGAGAAAUAUCAGUACAAGAUAAUGUCUAUACUGUUCUCAUCUUUUGAGGAAGUGCUCUUUCUGGACAGCGAUUGCUUUCCUAUCCACAAUGCCAACGACUUGUUCGAGUCUGCGCCCUUCAACGACACUGGCCUUGUACUCUGGCCUGACUUUUGGUUUCCUUCCGAAUCAUUCCUGUACUUCCAAAUUGCAGCUAUACCAGAACCGAAAGUCUACGAACGUGCAAGCACUGAAGCAGGCGAGAUCUUGUAUUCGAAAAGCAAGCACGAUGCAGGCCUCCUCCUAGCAACAUAUUACAACUACUACGGUCCAAAUUAUUACUAUCCGUUGCUUAGCCAGGGUGCUCCAGGAGAAGGUGACAAGGAGACUUUUAUGUGGUCUGCAAUCGUACUAGGAGAACCUUUCUACCACGUUACAACAGGAGUCAGAGCACUCGGUUAUCAGACAAAGGAUGGACAAUGGAGAGGUUCAGCCAUGGCACAAUUCGAUCCAAUGCAGGACUUCGAUCCUGAUCACGAGAAGCAAGAAGCUGCGCUGGUUUUGGGAGAUAUGUAUCCGAGGCCAUACUUUGUUCACGUCAACCUCCCGAAACUAGAUCCUGGCCAAAUCUUUGACUAUGAGAGUUUCGGCGCCACAGGUCCAACGAAAGAUAGUGAUCAGAACAUGCGAAGAAUUUGGUUCGAUAACGAGGAGCAAGCUGUCGACUUCUUCGGCUUCGACCUGGAGAAGAAAGUGUGGAAUGUGGUCAGAGAGAUUGCAUGCGAGUAUGAGAAUGCCAUCCUUAGCUGGAAAGGCAAGAAAGACAUCUGCAAGAAGGCUCUGAGGUAUUGGGAUGCUGUCUUUAAGGACGACACUAAACCACAGUGGAACAGAUUGACAGCUCGGACUCGAUUUUCUGAACCGUCCUCAAACUGA